AGCACAGGCUCCGCGGCGUGAUGAAGACGGCCAGGCGUGCCAGCAAUGUAGAGGUGCCCUCCUUCCUCCGCCAGCUGGUCAAAGAGACGGAGAAGAUGGUCACCUUCUUCUUUAAAGGGGGGGCCAGGGAACCUGGAUCUGAGGAGGACGACAAUCUGGAUGAGGAUGACACAAUGCCGAGCCCGUACCUGGAUCGUCCAAUCUUGGAGAAGCAUGUGUCAGAGGGGGAAUCUCAGUCAGGGAUGAACUACGCUGUGGCGAGCAUGCAGGGCUGGAGGGCUCAGAUGGAGGACGCCCACACCUGCAUGCCCCAGCUGAGAGGCGAGCUGACAGACUGGGGAUACUUUGCUGUUUUUGAUGGACAUGCAGGCACCACGGUGGCACAGUACUGCUCCAGAAACCUGCUGGAGCACAUCCUGGCAACAGGUGGUGUCAAAGCAAACGAGGACCCUGAGCAGGUGAAGGAGGGGAUCCGCGAAGGCUUCCUGGACAUCGAUCGCCACAUGCACAAACUGGCUCGCCAGGACAACUGGGACCGCAGUGGCUCCACUGCAGCAGCUGUCAUGAUUUCACCAAACUACAUUUACUUUGUCAACUGCGGGGACUCUCGCACCCUGCUCUGCCGUAACGGCCAGGUGAUCUUCUACACAGAGGACCACAAGCCGUUCAACCCCAGAGAAAAGGAGCGCAUCCAGAACGCUGGAGGCUCGGUGACCCUGCAGAGAGUUAAUGGAUCGCUGGCUGUUUCCAGAGCACUGGGGGACUUUGACUUCAAGGAAGUGGACUGGAGGCCGCAGACAGAGCAGCUGGUGUCACCUGAGCCAGAAGUGUACGAGCUGGAGCGGGCACCUGAAGACGAGUUCCUAAUUCUAGCAUGUGAUGGUGUGUGGGACGCCAUCGGUAAUGAGGAGCUGUGCGCCUUUGUGCGCAGCCGUCUGCAGGUGUGCGAUGACCUGAGGGAGAUUUGCACCCAAGUCAUUGACCUCUGCCUCUAUAAGGGCAGCUUGGAUAACAUGAGCAUCAUCAUCAUCUGCUUCCCUGGCGCCCCCCAGGUGUCACAGGAUGCACUGCAGCAGGAGGCAGAGCUGGAACAACAGAUCGAUAUGAAAGUGGAAGAAAUUAUUCAGAUGAUGAGAUCCAGAGAUGAGGACCCUGACCUUCUAUAUGUGAUCAAAUUCCUGGCUGCAGAAGAGAUGCCGGGGCUUCCACCAGGAGGAGGCAUCACCAGCAAGCGAGACUGUAUCAUCUCUUCAUAUCAGAAACACGCCAUGACUCUCAGGUCUCAGGAGCCAAUGGACAUCGAAGGAUCAGAGGAGGACUCAAACUAAAACCGUCACCAUGGAAACACAAUCACUGCCAGCUGCAUGGACAUUGGUUUAAAUGAGAGACUUCCCAUUUUAGAUAAACACUUAAGUAACGAUGACUCUUGUCAUGUGAUAUAUUCUCUUUGACAGCUUGCUUUCUGGUCAAUUGUAAUGAAAUGUAAAUCAA